AGAAGACGAGAGCGGCGAUCGUGAGUCCGUGAGAUCUCUCUCUCUCUCUCUCUCUCUCUCAUCGUUAACUCUGUUUUUGCGCGGUUUCUCUCAUGGUCUGUCUCUGUAACUCCGCAGUCGACGCUCUUCGGUGCUCAUUUGAACCAGUCAACUGUCAUCGGUCUAUUCUAGUGAAGGGGAUCGGGAGAUGAACUGUAUUCGAGCCUGAAAGACGCAGAAGAGUGAAGAAGGCAUGCCGCUAUUCCUAUCCGAGGACGAGUACGAAAGGUGCUCGCAUGACGCCUCUCUGGUGGCAGAGAAGGCCGACGCAUUCAUUAGAGAACUGUACAACCAAUUCGAAACCGUCAAAGCACAGGCGGAUGCGGCUGCUAUCACAGCGGAGCAAACUUGCUCCCUCCUCGAGCAGAAGUACGUCUCACUCACCUCCGAAUUUGCCAAGCUUGAAUCUCAAAACUCCCAACUCAAUUCUACCCUCGAACAACACCUCUCUGAGCUCGCCCAAGUUCAAUCCCUCAAGCACCAAAUCCAUCUCAAAUCUAUUGAAAAGGAUGGAGAGAUAGAGCGUUUGUCUACUGAAGCUUCUGAACUUCAUAGAUCCAAGAGGCAGUUAAAUGAAUUGUUGGAGCAGAAGGAUUUAGAGAUUAGCGAGAAAAGUGCAGCGAUGAAGAGUUAUCUGGACAAGAUUGUCAACUUGUCCGAUAGUGCCGGCUUGAAGGAAGCUCGACUGAACGAAAUUGACUCUGAGUUGGCACGCUCCCAUGCUGCUUGUACUCGUCUUUCACAGGAGAAAGAACUUAUCCAGAGGCAUAAUAUUUGGCUUAAUGAUGAGUUGGCGACCAAGAUGAACAGUCAAAUUGAGCUGCGUAGAGCUCAUAGUGAGCUUGAGGCAGAUAUGUCUGCUAAGACCGCAGAUUUGGAGAGAAGAUUGAAUGAAAGUUUGAGUUCUUUAAAGUGGAACAAGGAUAGAGUGACUGAGCUAGAAAUGAAGCUUACGUCGCUGCAGGAGGACUUGAGUUCUUCUAAAGAUGCUGCUGCAGCCAAUGAAGAGCGAUAUUCUGCUGAAAUAUCGACAGUGACUAAGCUUGUUGAUCUGUACAAGGAGAGUUCUGAGGAAUGGUCCAAAAAGGCAGGAGAGCUCGAGGGUGUGAUUAGAGCUUUGGAAACUCACUUUAGCCAAGUUGAAAAUGAUUAUAAAGAGAGGCUUGAGAAGGAAAUAUCUGCAACAAAAGAAUUUCAAAAGGAAGCUGCUGAUUUGAAGGAAAGACUUGAAAAGUUUGAAGCUGAAGUUGAGACAAAUAGGAAAGCAAGUGAGCUUAAUCUUCUUCCUUUGAGCACGUAUACUGCACAAGCAUGGGUGGAUUCAGGUAAAGGAAAUGAUAUGGUUGAUUAUAGCCACACAGUUGUCCCAAAUAUCCCUCUAGGAAUCUCAGGAACAGCAUUGGCGGCUUCACUCCUACGGGAUGGUUGGAGUCUCGCUAAAAUGUAUGCCAAGUACCAAGAGGCUGUUGAUGCGCUGCGGCAUGAGCAAUUGGGAAGAAAGCAUUCCCAAGCUAUAUUGGAACGGGUGCUAUACGAAAUAGAGGAGAAAGCUGGCAUCAUUAUGGAUGAGCGAGUGGAACAUGAGCGAUUGGUUGAAGCAUACUCUGUUGUUAACCAAAAACUACAGCAUUCUCUUUCUGAACAGACCAACUUAGAGAGGAACCUCCAGGAAUUCAAGGCCGACUUGAGGAGGCAUGAACGAGAUUACUCUGUAGCGCAGAAGGAAAUUGUUGAUCUCCAGAAACAGGUGACAAUUCUUCUGAAGGAAUGCCGAGAUGUUCAACUUCGUUGUGGAUCAAUGGGUCAUAAUUAUGCUGGUGACACUAUCUCUUUUCCCAUUGUUGAGUUAAAUGCUGACUCUGAUACGGAAAACGUUAUUUCUGAAAGGCUGCUGACAUUUAAGGAUAUAAAUGGAUUAGUUGAGCAGAAUGUCCAGCUUCGUAGCCUUGUGCGUAGCCUUUCUGACCAGAUUGGAAAUAGAGAUAUGGAGCUGAAGGAGAAGUUUGACAUAGAACUUCAGAAAAACAAAGAUGAGGCUGCUGCCAAAGUUAAUGCAGUACUAGCUAGAGCAGAAGAGCAAGGGCUCAUGAUUGAAUCACUUCACACCUCUGUCGCUAUGUACAAAAAGUUAUACGAAGAAGAACAGAAACUUCAUUCACCGUAUUCUCACAUUGCGGAAGCUACUUCAGGUUCUCGGUGUGAUGGAAGAAAAGACCUUAUGCUUCUGCUCGAAGGUUCUCAGGAAGCUACAAAGAAGGCACAGGAACAAGCUUCUGAGCGCGUGAAAUGUCUGGAAGAAGACUUAGGAAAACUGAGGAGCGAGAUGACAUCUUUGCGAUCAGAACGUGACAAGUUUGCACUAGAAGCAAAUUUUGCACGUGAGAAACUUGACCGAUUUAUGAAAGAGUUUGAGCAUCAGAGAGAUGAAACCAAUGGUGUUAUAUCCAGAAAUGUUGAGUUCUCGCAACUAAUAAUUGACUAUCAACGAAAGCUACGUGAAGGUUCCGAGUCUGUGCUUAUUGCUGAGGAGCUUUCCCGAAAGUUAACUAUGGAGUUAUCUGUCUUGAAGCAUGAAAAAGAGAUGAUGGUAAACUCCGAGAAGAGAGCUUGCGAUGAAGUUUGUAACUUGUCUGAGAGGGUUCAUCGUUUGCAGGCCAGUUUGGACACUAUCCAGAGUGCAGAGGAAGUUCGUGAGGAGGCCAGAAGGGCAGAAAGGAGAAAACUAGAGGAGUACAUUAGACAGAUUGAGAAGGAAUGGGCUGAGGCUAAGAAGGAGCUUCAAGAACAGCGGGAUAAUGUCCGACGUCUCACUGUUGACCGGGAAGAGACUAUGAAGAACGCCAUGAGACAAGUUGAGGAAAUGGGGAAAGAAUUAGCUAAUGCCUUGAGUGCUGUAGCUUCUGCUGAGGCUAGGGCCGUUGUUGCUGAGGCCCGAUGUUCUGACAUGGAGAAGAAGAUCAAAUCUUCUGAACCUAAGAUUGCUGGCAGUGAUGUUGAAUUUGGAAUUUCCUUUUCCUCGACCAAUGAGGCUAUUGCAGACUUGUGUAUUGCAAGAGAGGAGAUUGAAAAACUAAGAGAGGAAGCACAAGCUAAUAAGGACCACAUGCUGCAGUACAAGAGCAUAGCCCAAGUAAAUGAGGCUGCAUUGAAACAGAUGGAGCUUGCUCAUGAAAACUUCAAAAUUGAGGCGGACAAAGUGAGGAUGUCUCUUGAAGCUGAACUUUUAUCCAUCAGAGAGCGGGUUAAUGAACUUGAAAGUGAACUUAGUUUCAAGUUCAAAGAAGCCGCAUCUUCAGCUGCAGAGAAAGAAGCAGCUCUUGCUUCUGCUUUGUCAGAAACUGACAGACUAAAACAAGAAAUUUCUGUUAAGAUGUCCCAAAUUGCAACAAUGGAUAUCCAAAUUUGCUGUUUGAAGGAAGAUUUAGGGAAGGAGCAUCAGAGAUGGCGUGAUGCUCGCACUAAUUAUGAAAGACAGGUUAUACUACAAUCAGAGACAAUUCAAGAGCUGACAAAAACAUCAGAAGCUUUGGCUUUGUUGCAGGAGGAGGCAGCUGAGUUACGUAAAUUGGCCGAUGCACUAAAAACGGAAAAUAACGAAAUAAAGAGCAGGUGGGAGGAACAGAAGUCAAUGCUAGAAGAAUCAAAGAAUGAAGCUGAGAAGAAAUACAUUGAGAUUAAUGAACAGAACAAGAUACUCCACAGUAGAGUUGAGGCUUUGCACAUUAAAUUAGCUGAGAAGGACUGUCAUUCUGCUGGGAUAUCCUCUGGAAGCACCAGUCUAGAUCCAUUACAUGAUGCUGGUGCAGGGUUACAAAAUGUGGUAAAUUAUUUGCGGCGGUCAAAGGAAAUUGCAGAAACAGAGAUUUCUUUGUUAAAACAAGAAAAGCUUCGCUUGCAGUCACAGCUUGAGAGUUCUUUGAAGGCAGCAGAGGCUGCACAAGCAUCACUUCAUGCUGAGCGAGUGAAUCCAAGAGCAAGGUUAUUCACAGAAGAAGAGUUUAAAUCUCUGCAACUACAGGUUAGAGAAGUAAAUUUGCUUCGUGAAAGUAAUAUACAGCUAAGGGAGGAAAACAAGCACAAUUUUGAGGAAUGCCAGAAAUUGCGUGAAGUUGCCCAAAGAGAGAGGAUGGAAGUCGAGCAGCUGGAAACUUUGCUGAGAGAGAGAGAAACUGAGGUGGAAGCUUGUCGGAAAGAAAUCGAAAAGCAAAAAAUGGAGAAAGAACACUUGGAAAAGAGGGUUUAUGAGUUGCUUGAGAGGUGCAAGAAUAUUGAUGUGAAAGAUAAAGAUUAUGUUCGCACUAGAGAGGAUGCUAAACAGAUGCAGACAAAAAUACUUGAGAAGGAUGCGCAGUUAGAGGAACUCAAUAAGCUUCUUUCCGAUAGACAGCUUGUAAUAUCAGAAUUGGAGCGGGACCUUGUGAAGAGCAAAAUGGAACUAAAUGAGAAGGAGGGCAGGGUAAAUGAAAGUUUCCAAGUUGAGGUACUCUUGCCCAGUUGUUUCUGCAGUAGACAAGUUUCUUUGAAAUCUGAUGUUGAGAAGCAAAAGAAGUUGGUAGCUCAAUUGAAGAAGAAGCUUGAAAACUUGUCAAAGGAAAAGGAGGAACUAAGUAAGGAAAAUCAAGCUCUUUCCAAACAGUUGGAGGACUAUCGACAAGGAGCAUGGAGAGGUGUUGGGGAUGCUGCGGGUGAACAUGCGCUGAAGGAAAAAGAAAAGGAGAAAGAUACGAGGAUACAGAUUCUAGAGAAAACUGUGGAGAGGCAGAGAGAAGAGUUGAAGACAGAGCGAGCGAAACGUCUGAAGACUGAGAAGGCAAUAUAUGAUACUGGCAAGUCUGUCAGUCAGGAGAAGACCAAGCUGGUAGAUGAGCUUGAGAAGCAUAAACAAUCCCUGAGGAGGCUUUCAGAUGAAGUUGAGAAGCUUAAGCAUGCCAAAAGCAGUCUUCCAGAGGGUACAUCAGCUGUUCAGAGCCUUUCUGGGACCGAUGACCUUUCUGCUGCUUAUUUUCUGGCUAUAGAAAAUUUUGAGCAUGCUGCCCGUUUAGUUUCCACCGAACUGGGAACUCCUGUGGCAGACAUUUCUCCCUUUGUGGAGGCGUCAUCAUCAGAAGUCACUUCAGAUCAAGCAGUUCCUUCCCAGGGCCCAAGUAUCUUAUCUGCAGUGGUCUGCACAUCAAGUCUGCCAUCAGUUAAACCAACCGAAGAUAGAGAGAGGAGAUCUACAUUACCCAAAUUAAAUGUUGAUAGCCGUAAACUGAGGAGGUUGAUCCGGCCUCGUAUUGGAAAGCCUGAAGAGCCCCUGGGAGACAGAGAAAUGCCAGAAGUUGAGGGGUCAAAUAAUGAUGGGAAGCCUGCAUCCUCUCAUAAUUUAGAAACUCAAGGAAGCCUCAUGCUAGUGACAAAUGCUACUGUCCGUAAACGCCUUGCUUCUUCCACCUCUUCUGAGUUACAAGGAGAGACACUCGUUCAACACAGCACCACAUCUGAUGUGGCAGCGCCUGCACUGAAGAAGUCCAAAGCCUCAGAUUUUCCACAAGAGGGUGCUGAAGGACAAACUGCUGCUGCUUUUGAAAACGUGGAAACUUGCCCUGUCGUGGAAGAACCUUCAGAUGCAAUUGGCGAUAUACCGCAAGGUUCCAAUGAAGAGAUGAUUGAUGCUGCUGAGAAGGACAACGUGGAGACGGUUGGGGAGCAGGAUGAGGAGCCAAAGAUAGGUGGCACAAAUCAAAUCGAGUUGCAGAAUGAGAGCAAUGAUUUUUUGGAGGAUAUAGGUUAUAGGCAGAAUGAAUCAGAGGGGAUCUUUGAUGAUGAGACCAAAGAAGUUGCUGCUGAGCAGGACAUAUCAGGAAGUGAGCGAGAAGAGGGAGAGCUGGUUCCCGACUUCGCAGAUGUUGAAAGUGGGGGUAAUAUGUCUGGCCUAAUGGAGAGCCAAGAAAUUGGAGAAAACCAGACUGAGCCUACUGUGAGUUCACCUCCUGUGGUUGCUGAUGAGGAAGGUCUAGUUUCUGCUACCAUGGACUCUGGAGACACUAGUUCUCCCUAUGUUCUGGUUGAUGAAGCUGAUAUGAUGCCUAUCAAAAAAAAUGAAGCUGAUAUGAUGGGAGCAAAUGCUGAGGAGGGUGCAGCAGACGAUUCCAAUGAAGGUAACAGCUCGGUUGCAAUGGAAGCUGAUCAGAACCUUGAAGCUGUAACUCUUCUAGAUCCUACUAGUGAGAGAAGAUCAACAGGUACUGGUGCAGAAGGUGGUGUCUCGAAACAAAGUAGUCCCCCAAGUGUCACAGCAGAAACUCAAGAAGCUAACCAGUUAUCCCCAGUAGGUAAGAUCUCAACUACAAUUAACUUGCAGGAGAGGGCAAAGCAAAAGUCUGCACUGCGGCAGGCUGGAGUUGUUCCUUCUUCGCUGGUUAGAGGUCGUGGAAGAGCAGCUCGUGGUCGUGGUGGGCGGGGUGGUGGUCGUGGACAGAGCUCUGGUUGACAUCGAUAACCUUUGGCAACAGACUGGAAUUUGAACACUUCAUAAUGCGUAAAUUAGUUUUGAAGUAUCAAGAGUUCUUGGAGUAGUAUAAAGUAGGGCUGGGAAAAGGAUUUUUAUAGAAGUUUCCAUUACAUUUUUGCCUGUUAGAUUUACCUGGGAAUAUCAACAACUGCCUUAAAGUGAACUCAUUGAGUCCCAAACGAACUUAGGAAACAAAGUUAUGGCGUCUGAUAUUUGUAGUUUAAACUUACCAUGGUUGCAUAACUGGAUAGAAGAUCGUGAAUGUGAUACGUUGGUGACCCAUUGUUUUUGCGUAUUGAUAGUCAUUGUGCAGCACUUUCAUA